UGUUAUGUGUAUAUAUAUUGUCCAACGAAUUCACCACUUAAUUAAAUUAAACAAAACCCAAAAAAAGAAAGAGAAAAUUGUCCGAUUCUCAAUCUCUGCUUCUUCCCUAUAAAGAAAAGCAUCCAGUUCCAGAUUUUUUUUGUUUGAUUUGAUAAUAAUAAUAAAAAAAAAAACUCAAUUACAAAAAAAUGGACAACUUCGACCCACUCUGGGAAACAGACAUCAUCGGAAUGUACCUCCAAAAUCAAGAAUUCGACAGUUUGGGAUUUGAUGACACUUUAUCGUCUUAUUACGACUACGAUUCGAGCUCGCCGGAUGGUUGUGCUUCUUCCAUGACUUCGAAGAACAUCGUUUCUGAAAGAAAGCGUCGACAAAAGCUUAAUGAACGCCUUUUCGCUCUUCGAGCAGUUGUUCCCAACAUUACUAAGAUGGACAAAGCGUCGAUAAUUAAGGACGCAAUAAGCUACAUAAAAGAGCUCCAUGAACAAGAACGGAGGAUCAAAUCCGACAUAUCGGAUCUCGAACAUCGAAGAUCGAAGAAUGGCAAUAAUAAUAGUUGUUCAAUGAUGGAUUAUGAUCAAGAAUUGCCUUUUGUACAAAUCAAGUCCAAGAAAAAAAGAACUGAUCAUCGCAAACAACAACAACAACAACAUUAUGACUCCAAUGGUUGUUACCGAUCUUCUGUCAUUGAUGAUUUAGAAGUGAGGGUGUCAUACGUGGGGGAGAGGACUAUAGUAGUGAGCUUGACUUGUAGUAAAAGAGAGGGUACAAUGGUAAAAUUAUGUGAGAUGUUUGAGUCUCUAAAGCUCAAGAUUAUUACAGCUCAUAUCACUGCUUUUGCUGGGAGACUUUUGAAGACAGUCUUUCUCGAGGCAGAUGAAUUGGAAAAAGAUCACUUGAGGAUAAAGAUCGAAAGAGUGAUAUCAUCAUCUACACACAUUUAGCGUCGGCUUUUUCUAUAUUUGUCACCUGUGGGAAGUUUUCAUUUGCAAAUCCGUUGCUAAUUUUUUUGCUUUCUACUUGUAUGAUUGUAUCCUUCUUUCUUGUGAGUUUGGAAAUUUUCUCAACAAAAAGAAUAAAAAAAAAUUGAUGCUUUCCUAUCUGA